UGCCAAUGAAUGGGAUGGGAGGGCCUCGCGGGCCCAGGCCUGGCAUGAUGGGUCCCCCAGGCAGCCGCGGCCCAGCGCCUGGCCCAGGAGGCAUGCCCCCCGGCGGUCCAGGAGCUCCAGGAGCGGCGCCGGCCAUGGGAUUGGACCUCCAGCGACCACCUCACUCAGAGCCGGGAAAGCUUGGCCCAGGCGCCCCCCACCAAAACCAGAUCUCCCAACCCUCAGGGACGCAGCCCCUUGGGGCACAGGUCAUGGGAACACAGCCCAUGGGCACGCACCCCCUUGGAGGCCAACCAAUGGCAGCCCAACCAAUUGCAGCCCAGCCUAUGGGUACUCAGCCUAUGGGUGCCCAGCCUAUGGGUGCCCAGCCUAUGGGUGCCCAGCCUAUGGGAACCCAGCCCAUGGGGGCCCAGCCUAUGGGAGCCCAGCCUAUGGGAGCCCAGCCUAUGGGAACACAGUCUAUGGGAGCACAAAAUGCAAUGGGUUCAAUGCAAGAUAAUCAUAAUAAGAAACUUAGUGGACAAGACCUUUUGAACCAAGCUCGAGGGACAAUGGAUAAGAAGCCAGGAAUUAUCAGACAAGGCUCAAUGGGGCGUGACCCACAGGGCCAGCUCGGGGGUCUUAGUGCGAGUGUGGGUGGUAUGGGCCCCCCGGGGACAGCCCAGCAAAGGAUGGGCCAACACGGGGCCAUGGGCCAGUCCUGGACCUCUCAAGGGCCACAUGGCCCGAUCUCUCAGGGCAUGACGGGGACGACCACACUCCCUUCUGGUGCUCGAUCGCAAACAAGUGCAGGUGCAGCUGCAGCUGCAGGUCCUGGCGCCCCGGACGUGGACCUGAGUCAGCUGAGCGAGGAGGAGCGAGCCAUCAUCGAGAGUGUCAUGGAGAAGGCCAAGGAGAUGGAGGGACACGAAACUCCGACGCGUCGGUACGUGAAUGUGUGGGAGGUUCAGAGCGAGGGUGUGUAAGUACUGCUGUAAACUUUUCUUCCUUUUAUAUGUAUGCCAUUAUGUGUGU